AUGGCACCAAGUUCAAGAACCCCGGCGCCCUUUUCAGAACCUCUCCUCCCGCAGCUCGAUCUCCCCCACAACCCGUACUACACCGAGAAACACCACCGACUCCGGGCAUUUGUGCGCAACUACGUCGAGACGGAACUGGCGCCGUACGCACAAGAGUGGGAAAUCGCAGGCCAGGUGCCGGAGAGCGCACGACUUUUACACUGUCAACUGGGAUUCGCAGUGGUUCAUCCGGUGGUUGAACCCGAGGAUGCCGGUGGGAUUGCACUGCCCGCGGGCAUUCCCUACGAUGAAUGGGAUACAUGGUGCGGCGUGAUUGUUGGGGAUGAGCUGAACCGGCUGGGAUGGUGUGGCCCCAUCUGGGGCCUAGGAGGAGGCAAUGGAAUUGGAUGUCCGCCUAUCAGCAGGUUUGGAACCAGAGAACAGCGACAGAAGUGGUUGCCCAAGGUGGCUCGAGGCGAGAUUCGUUUUUGUCUGGGAAUCACCGAGCCCGACGCCGGCAGCGACGUCGCCAACAUCAAGACGACCGCCCUGAAGCAAGGCGAUUUUUAUCUUGUCAACGGGGCCAAGAAAUGGAUCACCAACGGCAUCUGGGCCGACUACUGCACUGCGGCCGUACGGACCGGAGGCCCAGGCCACGGCGGUAUUAGUUUGCUGGUAAUACCAUUAAGAUCGAAGGGUGUGACAACCCGAAGAAUGGAGAAUCAGGGUGUUCACGCGAGUGGUUCAACAUACAUCACAUUCGAAGACGUUGAGGUGCCCGUGUCAAAUCUGAUCGGACAAGAAAACAAAGGAUUCGCACUCAUCAUGUCCAACUUCAACCCGGAACGGCUGGCGCUGGCCACGGCCGCCCUGCGCCUCGCCCGCGUGUGCGCCCAGGAUGCCUACAGCUACGCCUGCGAGCGCGAGACCUUUGGCAAACCCCUGAUCGAGCACUCGGCCAUAAAAGCCAAAAUCGCCACGUUUGGCCUCCUCAUCGAGCCUGCCCACGCCUUUCUCGAGCAGUUGUGCUUUAUUAUCGAGACGGCUCGUAAACAACAACAAUCCAGAACCGGUGCAGCAACCGGAAGCGUUUCUUCCGCCUCUCCAGAUCCUGUCAAUGUCGGCGGAAUGACUGCUCUCCUCAAAGUCAUGUCCACCCGCGCCCUUGAGCGAGUGUGUCGCGAAGCUCAGCAGAUCAUGGGCGGUGCAGGCUAUUCCAAGACCGGCCGCGGCGCCCGCAUCGAGCAGAUUAGUCGUGAUGUCAGGGUCCAUGUCGUCGGCGGUGGCAGCGAGGAGAUCAUGCUCGAUCUGGCCGUGAGGCAGGAGGCCAGGGAUGUCAAGCUGAGAGUUGCAAAGAAAAAGAAACGGGGUUCGGCUGCCUCGAAGCUGUGA